GAGGGAGGCCGAGAUGGCAGAUGAGAUCGCCAAGGCUCAGACCUCCCGGCCUGGUGGCGAUACAAUCUUCGGGAAGAUAAUCCGGAAAGAAAUCCCAGCCAAAAUCAUUUUUGAGGAUGAGCGGUGCCUCGCUUUUCAUGACAUUUCACCUCAAGCACCAAUACGUUUUCUGGUCAUACCUAAGAAACCUAUUACCCAGAUUUCUGUAGCAGAAGAUGAUGAUGAAAGCCUUCUUGGACAUCUCAUGAUUGUUGGCAAGAAAUGUGCUGCUGAUCUGGGCCUGCAAAAGGGUUAUCGAAUGGUGGUGAAUGAAGGUUCAGAUAGGGGGCAGUCUGUUUAUCACGUUCAUCUCCAUGUUCUUGGAGGCCGGCAGAUGCAUUGGCCUCCUGGUUAAUUUUGCUUUAGGAUUAUUUUCCCUUCUUUAAACAACUGUCAGAUUUGAAAGGUCGAAUAUGUUAAGCAGUACACUGACUAGUGCCUGUGUACAGAGAGAUUAAGGAAAUAAUUUGAAAAACAGUUGCAUAAUAAAAGACUUGGUUGCAUGG